AGUGUGGAUUUCAGUUUUGUCAUAAAAACGUCCCUCUUGUUUUAUAGCGUUUCAUUAUCGAUAACUUUUUGACAUGAAAACAUGGCUUGCUGUAACAAAUGAAAUUCGUCGAUAUUGCCGCUAAAAAUAUCGAUAUGCAUAAGAGUUUACCCAUUUUGUUUUGAACUAGUUUUAUUUCGCAAAGUUAUUUAUUUGUUUUAUUAGAAAGAGGAGUGACAGGUAGUAACAUUUUAAUUUAGAUUUUUAACCAAAGAGAGACUUCAUCGUGCGCAGACAGACAGACACAGAAAUCAUCACCAAUAAUGGAAAAGUGGCUAAGCGAAACAUUAUCCAAGUGCCUGGACUGCGUCGUCACCGACAAAAUGAUGGCCACCAUAUUGGCCAUCCAGGAUGAUCGGGCGUUCGACGACUACUUUGGCAAUCUGCUGUGCGAGGAGGAUGAGGAGCAUCGCAUGUUUCUCCAGAACUGUCGUCGCAUGCUGCUCAGCGGCAAACAGCCGCGCAGUCAAAAUUUCAAAAAGAAAUCGCCACCCAUUGGCGGCGAGAGCGCCAGCGCUGGCGGAGCGGGCAAAAAACAGGGAAAAUCUGUGAACUUAUAUGGCGGCGAUGGGAAGAUGAUGGGCGAUCAAAUUCUGCUGAAGGGUCGUCGCAUCUGCAAUUGCCAGGCGGCGCAGCACAAGCUGAUUAACAAUUGCCUACGCUGCGGCCGCAUUGUCUGCGAGCAGGAGGGAAGUGGUCCCUGUCUCUACUGCACCCAGCCCGUUUACACCGACGAGGAGGAGCAGCUAAUGGCCAAGGCGGCGGCGUUGUCGUUGGCAGACGCCUCCACCAAAGGCCAAACGAAGGCGCAAAAGAAGCAGCAAAAACAAAAACAGCUGUCGGAGAAGUCGCGCAAGGAUUCGGACAAGUUGCAAGAGGCGCUGGCACAGCGUGAUCGUCUGCUGGAAUACGAUCGGAACAGCGAAAAGCGCACGACGGUAAUCGACGAUGAGCUGGACUACUUCCAGGAGAACUCCGUUUGGCUAACGGACACAGAGCGUGCCAAGUACGAGCAGCUGAAGAGCGAGAUGCACGAAAUGAAGCACGGCAGUCGGCUGAAGCGCAAGAUCAAGGUGGACUUUGCCGGCAGGGAGUUGCCCGACGAGCCGCCGGUCACCAGAGAAUACGAGGAGAAGGUGCUUGGCCAGCUGGCUGCUGUUACCAAGGCGACUGCCGCUUCCACGCUGAUUGGUCAUUCUUCAAUGGGGCUGGCGCCCAAUCUGGAUGUGGCCAAGCCACCCAUCUUUAAGGCGAGCGAGAAGCAGGCAACGAGUGCAUCCAUUCACGAUGGGCUCGAGCGCAUCUACAAUCGGGUGCAGGACAAGGAGCUGCUCGAAAUGCAGGACAUGCGCCAGUGCCUCUCCAUGCACCAGCCCUGGGCAUCUCUCCUUGUGGCGGGCCUCAAAAAGCACGAGGGUCGCGUUUGGUACACUGAGCAUCGCGGACGCUUGUGGAUUGCCUCAACGGCCAAGGAGCCGCAUGCCGAUGACAUUGCCCAAAUGGAGGAUUUCUAUCGGUCGCUUUACAAUGACAAGGAUUUGAAAUUUCCAACACAUUAUCCAACUGGCAGCCUGCUGGGCUGUGUGCACGUGGAGCACUGCCUGCCCCAGGAGGAGUAUCGGGAUAUGUAUCCGCAAGGUGAGUCGGACAGUCCAUAUGUGUUGGUGUGCAGCAGGCCGGAACAGUUGCCCGUGCUCCUGCCGGUGCAGGGCGAGCACAAGAUCUAUGAGCUGCCGCUGAAGACCCACAAUGCCGCGUGCAAAACAUUGCUACGAGCCCGAGCGAACAAAGGUUGAAUUUCUUUUACAAAGUGUUUUUUCUUUUCCUUUGAAAAACAUUGUUCUUUCAAUUGUAUAUAUUUAAAUUAAAUCGUACAACAUUUAACAUUUUUGCAACGGAAAUUAUCGAUAGGCGCCAAGCGAAAUGCCAAAUUGCAUUAACGGUGAUCCCGCAAACGUUAAUUGUUUGCGUUUCAAUUUAUAUAUAGUUAUCUGAAUUCAAAUGUGUUGCGACAUAAAUUAAACUGA